CCUCACGCUGAUCUCCGGGCAGACUCUGUAGCGCAACUGGCACAGAUCGUGACGACAGCCCUGCGGCAAGGCAGGAGUGGCCUUCUCCUCCGCCAGGGUUAAGAACAAGACAGAACUAUCUCUGUCUGCCAGUGAAAGAGUUUUCAUUCAGACUUUGGAAGAGAGGUGGAGAAACCUAAAGACUGAGGAGAAGAGAUCCUUUGAGCCAGAUGGGGCAUUAGUUCUUCUGCUUUUCUCAGCAUGGAUAAGCCCUUUCCUCAAGGAUUUUCUCAUGUGCCCUGAGAUCCAUGUAACUACAAGGGCUCCUCUUUAUCACCAUAAGUGCCACCCUGGCUUAAAACCACUCAGAGCUUAAAAAUCAAGGCAAAAUGGAUGCUGCGGUGACAGAUGAUUUUCAACAAAUUCUGCCUAUUGAACAGCUGCGCUCUACUCAUGCUAGCAAUGACUAUGUGGAACGGCCUCCAGCCCCCUGUAAACAGGCCCUCUCAAGCCCUUCCCUUACUGUGCAAACCCACAAGUCUGAUUGGUCUCUGGCUACCAUGCCUACUUCUCUCCCCCGCAGUCUCAGCCAGUGCCAUCAACUACAGCCCUUGCCUCAGCAUCUGAGCCAAUCUAGCAUUGCCAGCUCAAUGUCUCAUAGCACCACUGCCUCUGAUCAAAGGCUCUUGGCCAGCAUUACACCCUCACCUUCAGGCCAAUCCAUCAUCCGAACCCAGCCUGGAGCAGGGGUCCACCCAAAGGCUGAUGGUGCUCUGAAGGGAGAAGCUGAGCAAUCUGCAGGGCACCCUAGUGAGCACCUCUUCAUCUGUGAGGAGUGUGGGCGCUGCAAGUGUGUCCCCUGCACAGCAGCUCGCCCUCUCCCCUCCUGCUGGCUGUGCAACCAGCGUUGCCUUUGCUCUGCUGAGAGCCUCCUCGAUUAUGGCACUUGUCUCUGCUGUGUCAAGGGCCUCUUCUACCACUGCUCCACUGAUGAUGAAGACAACUGUGCUGAUGAGCCCUGCUCUUGUGGGCCUAGUUCUUGCUUCAUCCGCUGGGCAGCCAUGAGCCUCAUCUCCCUCUUCCUACCCUGCCUGUGCUGCUACCUGCCUACCCGUGGAUGCCUCCAUCUGUGCCAACGGGGCUACGAUAGCCUCCGGCGACCAGGCUGCCGCUGCAAGAGGCACACCAACACUGUGUGCAGAAAGAUCUCUUCUGGUAGUGCACCCUUCCCCAAGGCCCAGGAAAAGUCUGUAUGACCUUCCAACAAGGUGGAUCCAGAGCUUUUCUCCUUCUAGCCCCCAUCAGUAAUGCAUAGGCCUCAUCUUUGGAGAGGGGAAGGAGUGAUAAACUAGCCAAAGUUAGGGCCUCUCCUCUUUUGUUCCUGCAGUGUCAGGGGAAUGACCAAGUACAUCCUGGUGCAGGAUGCCUUGUUCUUUCUCACAGUAUCUAUCCCACUCCUCUUCAGUCUUUACACCCUGCCAGCUCAGCCCUUAUGGCUGUCGUGGCAAAUUC